AUGAAACCAAGCCUCACGCCUUCUUUGCAGACAAUUAUUUGGGGUUUGAGUUAUGGGGAGCUUCAGCUACUGGAAAUGUUCCAGGUUUGUAAUCCGAAAGAGAAAUCGUUGAUGAUUUGCGAUCCGAAUGUUGAUCAGGUUUACUGAAAGCCUUUUUAACUUCAUGAACACGCGGGAACAUGUUGCCAUUUUUCCCACGAAGUUGUUCUUGCUCUUUGA